AUGACUAAAAAGCCAGUUAUUCAUCAUCCCGGUAAAAUACUAAGGGAAGAAUUUUUGCUUCCAACUCAAAUUAGCCCUCUUAAAUUAGCUCGUAAUAUUAAUGUUUCCAGUAAAGAAAUCAAAGAAGUUAUUAAUGAACAAAGAGAUUUAACCAAGGAUGUAGCUACUCGGAAUCACGCACGUGAUUCUCCGCCGCUCUUUUUGCUCCUGACCCAAAAUGAAAGUAUGAUGAAUGAUCACGAAAAUAUGAUUAGCAAACAACUCCUUAAACAAUCCUAUCAAAUCGUGCAACAAGACUUAUUAACUACUUUUCAAAAGAUGAAAAAUGGUGAUAAGAUUAGAUUACCUAACAUUGGAAUUUUUGAAAAGAAAUUUAAGCAAGGUAAAUCUUGUUUACCCGAAAGUUUUGGUAAAAAGUAUACUGCUUACUGA